AUCUUCAUCUCCAUCCCUCUGGUGACCUUCGUCUACGUGUUCGCCAACAUCGCCUACGUCACCGCCAUGAGUCCCCAGGAGCUGCUGGCCUCCAACGCCGUUGCCGUGACGUUUGGGGAGAAGCUCCUGGGAGUCAUGUCCUGGAUCAUGCCCAUCUCUGUGGCUCUGUCCACCUUCGGGGGGGUCAACGGGUCCCUGUUCACCUCCUCGCGGCUGUUCUUCGCCGGGGCGAGGGAGGGACACCUGCCCAGCCUGCUGGCCAUGAUCCACUGCCUGUCCACCCUGCUGAUGCUGUGCACCAGCGACAUGUACACGCUCAUCAACUACGUGGGCUUCAUCAACUACCUCUUCUACGGAGUCACUGUUGCCGGGCAGAUCGUGCUCCGCAUCCGGCAGCCCGACAUCCACCGGCCAAUCAAGGUCAGCCUGCUGUGGCCGGUUAUUUACCUCGUUUUCUGGGCCUUCCUGCUCAUCUUCUCUCUUUACUCGGAGCCCGUGGUGUGCGGCAUCGGCCUCGCCAUCAUGCUGACCGGCGUCCCCGUCUAUUUCCUGGGCGUCUACUGGGACAACAAGCCCCAGUGCAUCAACACCUUUGUCGACAAAAUGACCUACCUGGGCCAGAAGAUGUGCGUGGUGGUUUAUCCGGCUGAGACCGGCAGCGGGGGGGCAGCGGACGAGGGCGAGGAGAUGAAGGAGGCGCGGUCCCCUCUGUCCAAGGAGGGCGGGGACUGCUGA